UUAAAUUCAUUAUUAAUAUUUACAGAAAAUCAAGCAAUGUCAGGUUGUGGUGGUGGUGGUCACGGCCAUGACCACUCAGGUCAUGGCUCUUGUGAAGGCCAUGAUCACACUCCAGCUGAACUGGGUGUGGCCUACAGCCUGUACACACGGAUAGACAUUGAUAAUGUGGAGUGUCUAAAUGAAGCUGUUGAGGACUCAGGUAAAACCGUUUUCAAACCUUGGGAAGAGAGACUUGACAGGGAAAAGUUUGUGGAAAGUGAUGCUGAUGAGGAGCUGCUCUUCAAUAUUCCGUUUACUGACAACAUCAAGUUGAAGGGGAUUAUCCUCGUAGGUGGUGAAAAUGGACAUCACCCUAGAAAAAUGCGACUAUUCAAGAAUCGUCCUCAUAUGACUUUUGAUGAUGUAAAUUCUGCAGCUGAGCAAGAAUUUGAUUUGCAGCAAGAUCCAACUGGUACAUUGGAGUAUACAACUAAAGUGGUUAAAUUUUCAUCAGUGACUCAUCUGACAAUCCACUUCCCAAGUAAUUUUGGUGAAGAAACAACUAAAGUUUCUUAUAUAGGCUUCAGAGGAGAAUACACAAAAGCACAUAGACAUGGUGUUACAAUAUGUAAUUAUGAAUUAUCUCCACAGAUGAUGGACCAUAAGGAUAAAGCUUUAGAUUCUGUUGGCAAGCCUAUUAUGUGAGGCAUUUUAUCUGAAAUUAUUCCCAGACUCAUGCUUGGGAUAGAUUAUUACACUCUUCAAAGGUGACUGAUAAUAUAAAAGCUCAAACUAUGUUAGAAAUAGGUCACUGAUAUGAUUAUCUCAAGUGAGCAAUUGGCCUGUCUUUGUAGUGCGCUUUUUGGCUUUUGAAUAGCAUAUGACUUACAAAGUUAAGAAUGAUGAGUAGGAGUGGUUCAUUACAAGGCAUAUGGAAAGAUAGUUGUAGAGUACCAUUUUAUUAGAAUUUGCAAAUCCCCAUUUUGCAGACACUGUAACUAUUCAAAAUUGGUAACUAAGAUAUGUAGUUGCCAUAUGUAUGUAAGUUCUGUAAUGAACACCUGGCUGUGAUGACUUAGUGUUAAGUGCAACAAACUGAGAUAUUCUAGCAGGGCUAUGCAGUUCUUAUAAUGCUGUGAAGUUUAUGGUCUAAAGGCUUUUUUUUUUUCUUUCUUUUUGUAUAUGUAAAAGCAUUACUAAUUUGUAAAAUAUAACUAUAGUUACUAGAUUUUAGAUAACAACUAUUUAAAACCAUACAUCACAAUGUUACUCACAGUCCAAGCUAUAUCAGGCUAUCACUAUGUAAUGACUAAGAUUGUGAAUUUAUAUGAUUUGUAAGAAUACAUAUAUAACAGCAAAAUACAUUUCAUAGAUAUGUAUUUAAAUAUGUAAGGUUGAUUUUAUUGCUUGUUAGUAAGGCAGUUUGUGUAUGAACUUUGUAAUAUUUCCAAUUUAUAGUUGUCUGUGUUGGAUGCAUGCACCUGUUAUCAGUUUUAACUGAGAAUAAAGGGAAAAGGCAUAGCAUGUGAUUAGAGCUAAAAAUUAUUAUCAUUUGUCCCAGUGUACUAUCUUGGCAAAAUAAAGGUACAUACAUUUACUGAA